GCCUGCGCCAGUCGGGCCUACCAGCAGCUCUGGUCGCUGCGGCUGCCGCUACCGCGCAGCGUCACCCUGCCCGGGGUGCCCGACCCCAGCGGCAGCGUGCCGGAGGGCUGCGUGGUGGUGGUGGCGCUCCCCCCACCCGCAGCAGCAGGAGGGGGAGGAGGAGGAGCAGCAGCAGCAGCAGCGAGAUCACCGUCGCCGCUGCUGCAACCGCAGCAUCAUCCAACUGACAGCGGACGAGAGGUGGUGGUGUACAGGUUCCCCGGCCUGCACCCUCGCGACCUGCGCAAGCUGCGACUCAUCCCGCCCCCCCCGGAGCUGCUUCUGCAACUGGGGCUGUCGGAUCCGGCGGCGACAGGCGCGUCCCAACCAGCAGCGGGUGCGGGCGAUACCGUUGGCAAUACCGUUGGUGGUGGUUGUUUCACCGUUGCUGGUGGUGCUGGUGCUGGUGGUGCUGGUGCUGGUGCUGUUAGUGCUGCUCUUGCUGGUGCUGGCGGUUGCCCCGGCGGUGGCGGCAGCAUGCUGGUGUUCUCCACUCGGGGUGUCCGGCCGGCUGCCGGGGAGCUGGCGGGGGGGGACUACGACGGGGACCAGUUCACCCUCAUCUGGGACCCGCGGGUGGUGCAACAGUUUGAGGAGUGCCCUCCUGGUGAUCUGGAAGAAGAGGAAGGAGGGGCGGAGAAGGAGGGUGAUGGCAUGUACGCCGGCUCCUCCUCCUCCUCCUCCUCCUGCCGCGCUGAGCCCUUCACAGCGGAACGCGUGAGCCUGCAGCCGCCGCUGCCCCCGCUCAGCACUGCCACAGCACCUGCUGCUGCGGCUGCGGCUGCCUCGUCCUGCGCCAGCGGAAUGGCAGCGGACAGGCAGCCACCGCAGCUGCCGCAUCCCCAG